UGCAAAUAAAGGGUUUCUCAAGCAUUGUGUUCCCAUUCACAAGCAUGCUCUGAAUGGAAACUGGCCAGCAGCUAAGCGCAUUAUAGACAAAGAGAAUAAGCUAAAAAAUGCUGCCAUAACAAAUGGGUAUCCUACUCUACUGCAUAUUGCUGCAGGUGCAAACCAAAUUCACUUUGUGAAGGAGCUAUUGAAGAUGCUUGAUGACAAUGAUAUAACAUUGCAAGAUAUGAACGGAAACACUGCUUUUUUUAUUGCUGCUGCAGCUGGAAACAUGAAAAUUGUUGACUUAAUGCUGAAAAUAAACCCCAAGUUACCAAUUAUAAAGGGUGCAAAAGGAUGUGCUCCUAUUCAGUAUGCUGCUUUGCAAGGAAGAUACAAAAUGACAUGGCAUCUAUAUGAUGAAACCAUACAUUGCUUUGAAGAGAAGGACUGGGAGUUAUUGUUCUUUGCUUGUAUCUACACAGGCAUCUAUGACUUGGCCUUCAAAAUGGUAAGAGACAAGAAAGAACUAGCUUUUGCACGUGAUGAGAAUGAAAAAACAGCUUUACAUCUCUUGGCUAAAAAUCAAAUGCCAUUGGAUUCUUCUUGUCAUUGUCCAGAACAUGAUCAUAAUCACAUCAUCACCAAUCCUGGCCUGAAAAAUCAUAUGGUUUUCCAAUUGGUUAAAUUUCUCUGGACCACGAUUCUAGAAAGAUACUACUCAUCAAAGAAGGAGUUAAAUGAAAUCAUAAAUAAACCUUCUCAACUAAUAUUUGAUGCUGCUGAAAUUGGAAAUUUUGGGUUCUUAUCGGAGCUUAUUAGUGCCCAUCCAAGCUUGAUAUGGGAGGUGGAUUGCGAAAAUCGAACUAUAUUACACAUAGCUGUUUUGCAUCGGCAUGCCAGUAUCUUCAAUGUCAUACAUCAAAUAGGGCAUAUAAAGGAUAUCAUAGUGACAUUUGAAGACGAUGAAGGAAACAGUUUAUUGCACUUAGCUGGAAAAUUAGCACCACAAGGUCAACUUGAAUUGGUUUCUGGUGCAGCUUUUCAAAUGUGUGUCGAGUUAUUAUGGUUUGAGAAUGUAAAGAAGAUAAUGCUGCCCGCACAGAUUAAGUCGAAAAACUCCAAAGGCGUGACUGCAGAAGAACUGUUCUCAAAUGAGCAUGAAAAACUAAGGGAAGAUGCAGAGUCUUGGAUGAAAAAAACUGCGGAGUCGUGUAUGCUAAUUUCAACAGUCAUUGCUACCGGAGUGUUCGCUGCUGCAGUUACUUUACCAGGUGGUAUCGAUAACACAGGAAAACCAAACUUUUUGAAGAAACCAUCAUUUUUGGGGUUUGCAAUAUCAGAUGCAUCUGCGUUCAUUUCAUCUUCGACAGCCAUAUUGAUUUUCUUGUCUAUUCUUGUCUCGCGUUAUGGAGAGCGUGACUUCUAUAAAUCACUACCUUUAAAGCUAAUAUUUGGAUUGAUCACAUUAUUCAUCUCCAUAACAAGCAUGAUGGUAGCACUUAGCAGUUCCUUCUUCAUAACCUUCUACCAUGGUUCGAUGUGGAUUCCUAGUUGCAUUUCAAUAUUUUCUUUCCUUCCAAUACUUUUGUACAUAGGUUUGCAAUUUUCAUUGUUUUCAGAUAUCAUUUACUCAACCUACUAUUGGAGAACUCUAUCUAAGCCUGGUAAAAAUAUGAUCUAUGUGAUAGAGGAGUAGAGGAAUAUUAUUGUAAGGAAAAUGCUUAUUGUUAUGAGAGAAAUUUGACAAGAAACACAAGAAUCUUAUGUGGCA